AUGAGCAAUACUUCUAAAUUAAAGCCUAAUAAUCAUUUGUUAGCUUAUGAAGCUGCAGAGGCAAAAUGCAAAGAAAAAUAUCCCAAAAUUGAAGAAUGCAUGGAUAUUUCCAAUACAAAUGUUGAUAUGAAACUAUGCAAAUAGAUGCUAGAAAGAUUUUCAGAAUGCUUCAAUGUUCAUAAACCAGUUGCAUAUAUGUAAUUAGGAAAACAUAGAGAUUGA